CCAGUGGGCAUGAACAGACAUGCACUGUCUGGAACAACCAGCAUCAUCUCUGGGGUUGAUCUUUCCAGAAGCUUUCCUUGCAUACUCGAAGCUGUGAAUCAGUAUUCUGAGGUAAAGAUGAAAAUAUCCAUUACAGAACAACAAAGAUUUAAUGACUUCAUUAAGCAUGUGACUCCUCUGAAACAUGACCAGAGUGACACAAACUGUACACGGACUCCUCCCAUUACAACCUCAUAUACAGACAAUAGUGGGAGGCACAAGAAAACGCCAUACUCUCUCCAGUCUGUCUUUUACCUUAACUGUAAAAGAUGGCAGAGGAAGAAGCUGGUAUUUUUGUUAACCAGGAGCAGUUCAGCUGUCCCAUCUGUAUGGACCUUCUGCGGGACCCCGUGACCAUUCCUUGUGGACACAACUACUGUUUGGAGUGCAUUAAGAGCUACUGGGAGCAGAAGAACCAGAAGAAGUUGUGCAGCUGUCCAGAGUGCAGACAGACCUUCUCCCCGAGACCUGCGCUCAACAAAAACACACUGUUUGCUGAAGUUGUUGAGAAACUGAGACAGACUGGAAUGCGUUCCCCCACCAUCCCCGGAGCGGAGAAUGAUGAAGACAUUGCAAAAGAAAAGCAGGUCCUCCUCAUGUUCUGUCAGAAAGAGCUUAAGCAGUCACAGAGGAGAUGCCAGCAGGUCAUAAAGGAGCGCGAGACGGAGCUACAGGACCUGAGUCACGCCGUCCUCUCUCUCAAGAGCUCUGCUCAGGCAGCAGUGGAGGAUACGGAGAAGAUCUUCAGUGAGCUGAUUCAGUCCAUUGAGGCACUGUGUUUUGAGGUGACAGAGAUGAUAAAAGCAAAGGAGCAGAUGGAAUUAGACGAGGCACAUGGAUUUAUGGAGAAACUAGAGCAGGAGAUCGCAGAGUUCAAGAGGAGAGAUGCUGAAUACGACACGCUUGCACACCUUAAUGAUGAAACUCAGUUCCUGAAGAGCUAUGAAGCACUGUGUAGUCAGCCGGAGUUGGUGACCUCUCCUGCAGUUCUAGUCAAUCCGGACUUCUCUUUUGAGAUGGUGUCAAGAAAACUCACAUAUCUGUGUGAGGACAUUAAAGAUCUGUGCCAGAAGAAAUUGGAGAAAUUGUCAAAAAAAGGUAAGUCAUCAUCUGAAUAUGUUUGGAGUAGUAUGCUAACUAAACAUUUCAGUGUAAAAUUGCAGUAUAUUCCAGGUUCAUAAUUGCAUUACUUUAAUAGUAAUUUCAGUGUAGGACUUCUCUUGUGUAUAACUGGUUAAUGACAGCUUUAUAAUAAACAAGAGCAGUAAAUGACAUGUUGUUAGCAGCAUUCUGCUGUUUCACAGUAAUUUGGCAGAAAAUAACCCAAUGUGCAUUUAUUUCACAGCAAA